AUGACAAGAACACUCAAAACGAUUCCCUGGGUAGCGAGACUAACUGGGCAUGUGCCGACUGUCGCGGAUGUGAAUUUCAUGAUGGUUAACCCUUCGGUUCAACCUUUGCUGCCUGCAGAAGAGAUCUUUCUUCUUGUCCUCGUUUCGUCGGUUCCCGGAAGCGACUAUCGAUUCGCUAGGAACGCUAUCAGGGAAACGUGGGGGAUUAGCCUUGACUGUAGAAGUAAAAAUGAUCCGUGUCCAUGGAAUGUCGUUUUCCUACUGGGAAGAAGCUACCAAGACACGCUAGAUUCGCAAAUCAUGGAGGAAGCGCGGGCUUUCAACGACAUUCUAGUAGGAAAUUUUAACGACACUUACAUAAACCUAGUCAUUAAGCUAUUCAUGGGAUUUUCCUGGGCCUCAAAGGUCAACUGUCGCUUCGUUUUAAAGGCGGACGACGAUAUCUACGUUCGUUUACCGAAACUAGUAUCAUGGCUACAUCAUGCACCUUCAUCGCGCUUGUACGCUGGGCACGUUCACAAUAACGUUGGCGUCUCGCGGGAUCCCGAUGAACGAAACCCACUUCCACCAGGAUCUUCUUUCGACGAGAAAUACUACCCGCCUUAUUGCCUAGGGGCUUUCUAUGUACUUUCGCGGAGUAUUAUACCAGAUAUAUUAAAAGCUGUGCAGCGAUGGAGACCCUGGCCAAUUGAAGAUACAUAUAUUGGUGUAUUAGCUCGCGAUGUAGGAGUAUCACCAAUCGAUAUUUACGGCUUUGUUUUGAAGGCAAGAGCAAGCCGAAAUUUGCCGCAAUUCACGGAUUGUUACUGGGAUUGUAUCACUGCUCUUGGACACAGGCUUACACCCACUCACCUUCAUCUUGUUCACAAUAAAUUUCAAAACUUGUUAUACUUUAACAGCUCCACGUGUGCGGUGAAUACCUGCGGCGAGGAAAAUGGCAGCCGCUCGUUAUGUGUAGGUUAUAUCGUGAUUUUUAUCGCGGCCAUUCUUUUAGCAGCGUUCGCUUAUUUGAGAACGCGAGAUUAA